AAAACAAACAGUUAAUUAAAAACAAAAAUAAAUGAAUUUAUGCAUCCUUCUACUAACUGUUUCAAUUCUCUUUUUCGCCAAUGUAAACUGUAGAAGACAUUCGGCAACCCCGACAGAGAUAUGUAAUUUACCACUAAAUAUAGGACGCGGGCUUGAGAAAAAAUCCCGAUACUAUUAUAACAAAGCUACUAACCAGUGCAGUGCAUUUGCUUACAAAGGAUUGAGUGGAAAUGCUAACAGAUUUCGUACUAAGGAUGAAUGCGAACGCAUGUGUGUAAAACCAAACUUAUCGAGAGUUCCGUCCAAUGGGGAUAGAAGACCAACACUGCCAGUUAGAUAUCCAGCUGAUAGACGACCAAUACAAAAUGACCGUGAUUAUGAUAACAGGUAUCCAACUAGAGCACCAUCGAGAGAAAGAACACGUGAACCAACCACUAGAAUAGUUUACAUUACUAGAUCAACUCCAAGAUACGGCAGAAGAUCAUAAACAACUUUUUUUCGAGGAUGGUUGAUUUAUUUAUAACAUGGUAUAUAUCUGCAGUUACAAAAUCCG